GAGAAAACUUCGUCUCUCUUCUUUGCUUCGCCCUCUCAUUUCCUGUGAGAUAAAGGCGGAGUUUCUCUCCAGAUAUUUUGCUCAUCCAUCGAUUCUUAGAGUUCAAAAUGGUUGAUCAAGUUCAGCACCCCACUAUUGCGCAGAAAGCUGCUGGGCAGUUCAUGCGUUCAAGUGUUUCCAAGGACGUCCAAGUGGGUUACCAGAGGCCUUCUAUGUACCAGAGACAUGCAACCUAUGGAAACUACUCCAAUGCUGCAUUUCAAUUUCCUCCCACAUCAUCCCGGAUGCUGGCAACCACUGCUUCUCCCGUGUUUGUUCAAACUCCAGGAGAGAAAGGGUUCACUAACUUUGCCCUUGACUUUCUGAUGGGUGGUGUUUCUGCUGCCGUCUCAAAGACUGCUGCUGCUCCUAUUGAGCGUGUUAAGCUUUUGAUUCAGAACCAGGAUGAGAUGAUUAAAGCUGGCAGGCUUUCUGAACCCUACAAGGGUAUUGGUGACUGUUUCGGCAGGACGAUUAAGGAUGAAGGGUUUGGUUCUCUAUGGAGAGGAAACACUGCCAAUGUUAUCCGUUACUUCCCCACUCAGGCCUUGAACUUUGCCUUCAAAGAUUACUUCAAAAGGCUUUUCAACUUUAAGAAGGACAGAGAUGGUUACUGGAAGUGGUUUGCUGGUAACUUGGCAUCUGGAGGAGCAGCUGGUGCCUCUUCCCUUCUGUUUGUGUAUUCCCUUGACUAUGCCCGUACCCGUCUAGCUAAUGAUGCCAAGGCUGCAAAGAAAGGAGGUGGUGGUAGACAGUUUGAUGGUCUUGUGGAUGUCUACAGAAAGACACUCAAGACUGAUGGUAUUGCUGGUCUAUACCGUGGAUUUAACAUCUCCUGUGUUGGUAUCAUUGUCUACCGUGGUCUGUACUUUGGACUCUACGACUCUGUGAAGCCUGUUCUCCUCACUGGAGACUUACAGGACAGUUUCUUCGCUAGUUUUGCUCUUGGAUGGGUUAUUACCAACGGUGCGGGUCUUGCAUCCUACCCCAUUGACACUGUCCGCAGAAGAAUGAUGAUGACGUCUGGUGAAGCAGUCAAGUACAAGAGUUCGUUGGACGCCUUCACCCAGAUCCUCAAGAACGAAGGAGCCAAGUCACUCUUCAAGGGAGCUGGUGCCAACAUUCUGCGUGCUGUUGCAGGUGCUGGUGUGCUUUCCGGUUACGACAAAUUGCAGCUGAUUGUCUUCGGUAAGAAGCUCCUCCUCAAAUUCAUCGUCAAGGUCACAAUGGGUAUUAUAUCGGACAGUGCUCAAUCUCAUUCGUCUUCCUCUGCUCCUCCUCCUUCCAUCUUCUCCAGCUCCUUUGCCACUCGCAUAUUCUCAGACGUUGCGGGAGACAUCACAAUUGUUGUUGAUGGAGAGUCCUUUUUACUCCACAAGUUUCCUCUGGUGGCUCGGUGUGGAAAGAUUAGGAAAAUGGUGGCAGAGAUGAAGGAAUCAUCUUCAAACCUCUCGUAUACAGAGCUACGAGACUUUCCAGGUGGGUCUAAGACGUUUGAACUCGCCAUGAAGUUCUGCUAUGGCAUCAACUUCGAGAUCACUAUCUCCAACGUGGUUGCUAUCCGUUGCGCAGCUGGUUAUCUCGAGAUGACAGAGGACUUUAAAGAAGAGAAUUUGAUCGCACGGACUGAGACUUACCUCGAGCAAGUCGCGUUUCGCAGUCUUGAGAAGUCUGUGGAAGUCCUCUGUUCUUGUGAAACGCUUCAUCCUCAAGACAUUGCUGAAACUGCCCGCAUUCCUGAAAGAUGCGUGGAGGCCAUCGCUGUGAAUGCUUGCAGAGAACAGUUAGUUUUGGGGCUAUCGCGGCUGAACCGAGGCAACGAGUCAACGGAAGUCAACCGAGGAGAUAGUCCUGAGUGGUGGAUUGAAGACCUCUCUGCUCUGAGGAUUGACUAUUACGCACGAGUUGUCUCUGCAAUGGCUAGAACAGGCUUACGGUCAGAGAGUAUCAUAACGUCUCUGAUGCAUUACGCUCAAGAAUCGUUGAAAGGUAUUCGAAACUGCAAGGAGCGAACCAAGCUUGAUUCAGGUACAAUUGAGAAUGAACAGAGGAACGUCAUUGAAGCCAUUGUUAGUCUUUUCCCGAAUGACAAAGUCCCUCUGAGUUUCCUCUUCGGAAUGUUGAGGGUCGGGAUUACUAUAAACGUAGCCAUCUCUUGCAGGCUCGAGCUCGAGCGGAGAAUCGCUCAGCAGCUGGAAACAGUCUCUCUCGAUGAUCUACUCAUACCUGUUGUCCAAGAAGGUGAUUCCAUGUAUGAUGUGGACACUGUCCAUAGAAUACUCGUCUGCUUUCUGAAGAAAAUAAAGGAGGAAGAAGAAUAUGAUGAAGACUGCUGUUACGAUAACGAGACCGAGAAUCUUAUUGGUUCUACGUGCCACAGCUCAUUGCUGAAAGUGGGUCGGAUCAUGGAUGCAUACUUGGCAGAGAUUGCACCAGACCCGUGUCUGAGUCUCCACAAGUUCAUGGCUUUGAUAGAGAUAUUGCCUGAUUACGCACGUGUCAUGGAUGAUGGGCUAUACAGAGCCAUUGAUAUGUUUCUAAAGGGGCAUCCCUCGCUGAACGAACAAGAAUGUAAGAGUCUCUGCAAAUUCAUAGACACUCAGAAACUCUCACAAGAAGCAUGCAACCAUGUGGCUCAGAAUGAUCGGCUACCGGUGCAGAUGGUGGUUCGAGUUCUCUACUCGGAACAACUGCGGAUGAAGAAUGUUGUGUCCGGAGAGUCAGGGGAUGGGUUAUUGUUGUCGUCUCAGAAACUUAGUAGCGGGAACCCGAGCGGAGCUGUGUCUCCGAGAGACACUUAUGCAUCGCUGAGGCGGGAGAAUAGAGAGCUGAAGCUGGAGAUCUCGAGGGUGAGAGUGAGACUGACCGAGUUAGAGAAGGAGCAGAUUUUGAUGAAACAGGGGAUGAUGGAGAAGUCAGGUCAUGGUGGAACAUUGCUGACCUCGCUUUCCAAAGGGAUUGGGAGGAUUUCGAUAUUUGGUGGAAGACCUACAGAAGAGAAGCUACGGAAGGCUAACCGCAAAUCUAGGUCGAGGUUGGAGAGAAAAACAGUUAGGAGCCGACCAGAGUCUAUGUUUUAGGUAGCUUGGAACAUGUAAAUACCAUAUGCAUUCGCAAGAAAAUGGGGUGGUUAUUGAGUAUUAUAUAUCUUAUUAAAAUCUUGCGAGUAUU